ACAUAUAUGGGGGGAGGAAGGUUGUUACUCAGACAGCUUUAAGCAAACCCUACAGAAAGGUUGAAAUUUUUACGACAAACCAAUUAUGUAUUUCACAUCUUUGGUUAUAAAUCUAUGAAAGAGACUGAAGUUUGAAAGAAAUUCUUUAGUAUAUAAAAACUUUCUUUAAAAAAUCGACAACUGUCACCUUCCUCCCCAGCCAGCUGUAAUAUAGUGUGGUCCAACAGCUGAUUACUGGGUUCCGAAAUCCGAAGUGGCAGUCCAACCCCGCUCAUCUAGGGGUAUGCUGUGGACCAUAAUAACCAUCAUAAUGGAGUCAAGUUUCCUAAAUACUGGUCCAUUUUAGUAAUUUUCCAUCCUCGACAGUCAGCACGUCUUAGAUAAUUGUUCCAUCUUCUACUACAGAUGUAUUAUUGGCUGAGAGAAAAUAAUGAGUGUCAAUUUUGUGACUAAAAAGCUAGAGGGACAAUCACUUGGUGAACAAUUUAACGACAUUGUUGAAAAAGUACAAGAAGACAGUGGCACAGAAUCAGACGAAGAUAUUGAGCUAACUGAAAGGGAGAGCGAUAACGUUGACAGCGGUAUAUCACUGAACCUGCGUUCAGCUGCGAGACUAGGAGGUCGAAGUAGACAGUUGACGCCACUAGUUAAGGAACCUGUUGCAGUUGUUUUCUCAGAGACAAUGAUUGUAGGGGAAGAUAAUGACAACCACUCCAGUGAGGAGGAGCUGGAAGAUAUUAUUGGCUCUGCACGGAAGAAGGUUUAUGUAAACGGAACUGUUCCUACAGCCGCGAAAACUGCACCUGGUCGUAUGAGUGCCGUAGAGAAGCGGAAAUGGAGUGAAGUAGAGCAAGGUGCCAGAGCUGGUUCUGGUAGUUCUGCAGAUGAGGAGGUGAGUGAGUUGAUGGAGGGUGUUUACACCCCUGUACAGUUCUGCACAUCCCCUCCCCUCAACGUUUACAAGCCUCGGCGGUCUCAAAGCCCGCCACCAAAACUUUUCCAUAUGGCGCCCUCAGGGGUGGAUCAAGAACAGGCGCUUGGAACAGAACAGCGACCUGCAAAUCAGACAAAUUUGAGAGAGGGGCAGAGAUCAUCUGGAGCAUUCCGUCCUCGUGUUCGAGGUUCAGGAGUUCUUGUGCUCCGAGGACAAGAGGAGGAUGAGGAGGGGGAGGAGAGGUCACCUAACAAGCGACACAGAACAACACCAAGACCUCAUAACAUUCCUAGGCCAAGUUUGGACUUCGAAAAAAUGCAGCAGAUUAAAACAAAAGUUGUUACGUCUUGGAGACAGGGGGCGGAACUAUCUCUAUUCUGCUGGUAGCUCGAAACAUCUACCAAGCAGUUAUGUAAUAAAACGAUUUAACGUAGUAUGUGCUGCUUGUCCCUACCAGCGUACAAGCAGGUCUCUCAAUUGUUGUCAACUGCCAGUUAAAGACUGUAGUUAAAAGUUUUUACAGUGUAAGGUCUGGGUAGAUAGUGUUAGAAGUGCUUUAUUGUUUAUUCAUUCAUUCUUGCUGAACAAAGGUUUAUUUUCAUAAUAUAUUUUACAUUUGCCCGAGAGAUAAUAAGUUAUGAUUGGCUACGAUUGACACAAAAAAAAAAGACUUUUAAAACAAGUAUUGAAUGAUACAUUUAUUUUUAGAAUCUCUUUUAUAGGUUCUAUCUACCUUGUCCUAACACUGGGUACAGAGAUCUUCCGUUUAAAAGAAGUAAAACACUUAUUUGCAAAAUUUCAAUUUAUCAAAUUGUAAUGCGCGCAUGUUAAAGUUAAGAUAAGAAAUUUAGGUUGUAUAUAUGAAGAUUUAAAAAUAUGUUCAUAAAUCUCUGAACAGGAGCACUUACCGAUCGAAAUAUUAAAAAAAAUAACUAGUUAUGAGAUCUCUGUACAGUGUACCCUCUUCAACUGAUCUGGAAACUAAGAAUUGUGAUGAAAUACCACCUCCGCCAAGAUUUAACCUUCCCCCUCCUUAGAUAUUUUUUAAUCGAAGGGUUACUCAACCCCCCCAUUUAAAGAUGUUGUGCCUCCAUUUCUAAACUAUCUAAUUUUAAAAUGUAAGGCAAAAUUGCCCUCCCCUUGACUGUAGUCAUCUUUGGCUAAAGGCGGUAUUCUGCAGGUCUGUUGACACAAACCAUUGUCUUUCCUUUCACAUUCUUCAAUUUAGAGACUGUUUCAAUGUAAAAAUUUUAAUAAAUAUGUAUAAAGGGACCCUCCGCUGGCAUUGAAUUCGAAAAUGGCCUUUUAUCUGGUAUUGAUCACGCAUAUAAUUUUCCCAUAAAAACGGAAACAAAUUUAUUAAAUCUUUGCGUAUUGUCCCUUUAUGUAAGGGUUUUGAUCAUUUAUUAUUCUCCCGUGCUCACAUUGUAUGAUGUUCGUUAGGAGACACAUUUAAUGUUCAGCUCUAAAUUACCUCGUUUAUUUAAACCUACUGUAAAAAAAAAAAAACUAUGUAAUUGUCCGAAUUUUCUUCUGAUCAUUAAGGAAAUAUACCGGCCGAUAAUUGUGAAGAAAUUAUAACAUUAAAUGUCUGGGUGAGGGCUAUUUUUAUUUCAUCUAUUUGUUCAGUAUUUCAUAUUUUGAAACCUUACCUUUUACAUAUAUAUAAAUUCAUGCAUUUUAUCAAGUAUUCAAGCACUGAGCUGAGGUUUCAACAAAGAUUGAUUAAGAUUUUAAUACCCCCUUGAAUAGAAGAAAUUAAGCAUUCUAAGUUUCGCUAGUUGGCGAUGAAAUGUUUUUUUAUUCUAUAAUAAACGAAUGUACACUAU